CUAAGCAACAAGCAUUCGCGAGCUCCGACGCUAGCCAGUCACCAGGCUAGCUCCGCUCCGCUCUCAGCCUAGUUAGCUCAUACGCAGGCUCGGAGACAGACAGCGGACUCAGAAGUGAAUUCUCUCCCGUAAACGUCCCCGAGGUGACUCGCUCGUCGUCGUUAACCAAACUGUAUGUGUCGUGUGGACGCGGAGAAGCCGAGCUCUGUGCAGACAUUAGCUAGAUCUCGUUAGCAGUUGUAGCAGAAGGUUCUGUACUCUGGGAGAAGACGUGGCUAACCCUUAGCUAGGUAACCUUAGCUGAGGGAGGCACCGGCGUCUCCUCUCGCCACAGAGACGAGCAGGGGGCGGCUGGGGAUAUGUGAUUGCGGGUUAGCCGGCUGGUUAGCUCGUCUGAUGCUGAAAGACACCCGGAGGAGUCUCAACUUGAUUUUACAGGUGGUAUAUGUGUCCGCUUGGCAUCAUUAAAACUACCCGGGCAGAGUGGAACUGAGAGAACCAGCCAGACGUCGCCACCAUGUUGGAGGAGGACAUGGAAGUGGCCAUCAAAGUGGUCGUGGUUGGCAACGGAGCCGUUGGCAAAUCCAGUAUGAUCCAACGUUACUGCAAAGGCAUCUUCACCAAGGACUACAAGAAGACAAUCGGAGUGGACUUUCUGGAAAGACAGAUCGAUGUCAAUGAUGAAGAAGUCCGCCUAAUGCUUUGGGACACUGCUGGGCAGGAGGAGUUUGAUGCCAUCACCAAGGCCUAUUAUCGUGGUGCACAAGCAUGUGUGCUGGUUUUCUCUACCACCGACAGGGAGUCUUUUCAGGCUAUCGACAGCUGGAGGGAGAAAGUGGAAGCAGAGGUUGGAGACAUUCCCACAGUUCUAGUGCAGAACAAAAUCGACCUCCUAGAAGAGACUUUUAUAAAUAGUGAGGAGGCAGAAGGUUUGGCAAAAAGACUCAAACUGAGAUUUUAUCGAGCUUCAGUAAAAGAGGACCUUAACGUUAACGAGGUUUUUAAAUACUUAGCUGAAAAGUAUCUCCAAAGACUCAAGCAGCAGACAGCAGAGGAGACAGAUGUGGUCCAUUCAACAAGCAAUAAAAUAGGUGUUUUUAAUACCACAAGUAGUAAUGUCAGCAACCAGAACUCCAGCAACGGUAGAGAAGUCAUCACUUUGCGACCUAACAAACAACGGACCAAGAAGAGUAAAAAUCCUUUUGGAAGCUGCAGCCUACUCUAGAUAGAAUCGUUUCAAUUUUAGCGCCCGACUAUUUGUGUCUCAGACUGGAUUGGACAUUGUUGUAUUCAUUAAGAGACCAAAGCCCAUACAGACCGGGAAGUACUGCUCUACACUACUUUAUCAAUCUGAUGUUUAAUCUGAAUCCCCUCAAUCAUUGCUGAAUUUCUUUUGGCUAAACCUUGGAUAUCCACCAAUGGUCUGCACAGAAAACCGGUUGAUAUUUGUACACUGGGUAAUAAGUACAGCUGAAAUCCCCUAAAAAAACAGAGAUAUGUCUGUGACUGAUUGUUUUUGUUUUGUUUUUUUAAAUAUAUAACUCGAUAUACACGCCUCUCAUCAAAAUACAUAACAGCAAAUGUUGCACUCUUGCUCCUGAUCGCCCAUUCAUGUGUUUGACAUUUGAAGCGUACAAUAUGUUUGCAUGCAUCGUAGAGGAUAAACAGAUUAUUUUGUACCAUAUUUUUCUAACUGUCAACAAACUAUGGCUCAGACUAUGCUGUUUAUUGUGGACAAAACACUCUGGAAUCCAGAAUUAAUUCUAUGUGCAGAAGUAUUUUUGUACGAAUCAUAUUAGUGUUGAGUGAUAUUUUCACUGCAGUGUUGACGUUGUGCCAAAAUGUUCCAUUUUCUGAGCUGUAGUUUAACAUUCACACUGCAACGACUUGGAUUUAAUAUGAAAUGAAUAGAAUGUGCUCCUAUGUAUAACCAAAUAUCAAUAAUUAUUGUCACAAAACAGUCCUGUGUGUCUGCUUACAAUCCACGUAUUUAAAGAUUUGGCAACUUAGCCUAAAUGAUGGGUUGAAUUCAUGAUUCCUGCUAUUUGAGGUCAUAAUCAUCAAUUUGCAAUCUGUUAUGGUUCUAUGUUUCAGUUCAGUUGUUUGCAUUUUACAUAUUCCAUAUUUAACUGACCUUUUCUUUAGUGAUAGUAUAGCUUUUCUUAUGCAGGAUUUAUAUAUUUCGCUGUCACUACAUUUCUAACAUUUCCAACAUGUUACAGGUCUUAUUUUAUAUUUUGGUUUGGCCUCAUGUUGUGUCUUAUCGGUUAUUACCGUUUUAUUAUCAUCUCAUUUUUAAUGGGAUGAAAGGGAGAAGGAGCUGGAUGAAGAAAGAAUGAGGCGUGAACACUGAGGUGUCUUGAGCAGAAUGUGAACCCUCGCUCUCUGAUGGUGUCAGAGAUGUUCCGAUACCAUUUUUCUCUUCCCACUAACGAUUCCGAUACCUGGACUUUGCACAUAAUCCAAUACCAAGUGUUGAUCCGAUACUGGUGCAUUAAAUAACAAACGUAAAAAAACCACUUGUGUAACAGCUGUAUGCUUCCAACCCUGUAUGGAAGUGAUGAUUGCUAUCGUUGUUUGACGGCCUGGCUCAGGUUAAACCGUUUGAAAAGCAAAUGCAUAGAGAAUGAAUGUCAUGCAACUUAUUUUACUAUCUAGUUUGAAAGUCAUAACGGACAUUUCCGAUGCUGGUAUUGGAACAUCUGUUGGUGCAUUUACCAGAACCACGAGCAGGAGAUGUUCGUGCUGGACUGCCUUUGGUGGCCUGAAAAUCUAAGAUAUCCAUUUCCGUCUCACUAAAUCAGGAUACUCCCAAACUCAUACUCAGUCCCCUGUACAGCUGUGAACUGUUAAUUAUUGCCUUUCAGUAAUCUGGUUUUCCAAUAAUCAUUAUCUGAAAGAUACUAAUUUACAAAGCACAAAGAAAUAUGUGGCAAUGUAGAAAAAUUCUUAUUUAAUUUUCUUUAUAAAAAUUAUUGAAAUGUCUUUAUUAAAAGUAUUUUAAAUGGAAUAUGAAUACAUAGGACAUCUUUGUUGGUUAACAUGUGCAUGCCUGUCUUUUUGAAAUUUUUGUAACUGAUCUCGGAGCUGUGUUAGAAGUUUCAAAUGAAGUUCAGAGGAAUUAUUUGUCACUUAUUAGUCUGAUGUGAGCAUCUCAACAGCUGCUUCAAAUACCAUCGGUACUAAGACUGUGUCCCAUUUCAACCUUUCUCGUUUGGUUAUAUGUUAAGAGUUCUUUUUGAAAAGAAAGUGUGGCAUAAGUAAUGCAUGCAAGCCUUUUUCCCACAUCAGUGAAUGUUCAGUCAUGGUUGUAAAACCACAUUGCCUUGUCCGUGUUUACAUUCUCCCCCACUGACCAUUUUAAUCCUCCUCUCGCUGUUUGUUUAGAGCUGCAGCGAAUCUGUAAAUAAUCACUUCUCCAGUUUUCUCUUACUUCUAAUGAUUUGCCUUCUUUAUUUGCUUUUUGACUGAAUGGAUUUAGUGCACUUUAUUAUUAAGAUGGUAUGAAAUCUUAAAGAACCAUAAGUUAAAACUAACCAUACUUAUGUGCUGUCACUCAGGUGUUGUAAUAAUCUGUCUCACUGUUCCUCUACUUUUUCCACACACACAACUUUACAAAUCAGUUUCAUAUAAAUCGAUAAUGCUACUUACAAUCUGACAACAACAAAAGCCAUUGUUGGACUCUUUUGGUUUGUUUUAACAGGUAUACAUGUAUCACAGCCUGGAAGCGUGCCACAGAAUUGUGCAUCUGAUGUUACGUGUGUGUGUGUGGGGGGGGAGUUGAUUGUAAUCUGACUUAAAUAAAAGAAAUAAAUGAAA